AUGGUAUUUCGGAUUUGGAAGCAGAAUUUUAUCAAGAAAGUGGAUUGCUUGUCCCCUUCUGAAGAGACAGCCACAGAAGAAGCUGCUGGCGAUAUCGAACCGCCACCCAAACCCAAGAGCGGUUUUCGAAAUCGUAAGUUUAUCGCCUACGAAGAUCGGAUUAGGGCCUAUUCGACGCCGGACAAGAUAUUUCGCUACUUCGCCACACUAAAGUGCAUGGAAGAGGAUGGGACAGCAGAAAUCUACAUGACUCCCGACGACUUCUUACGUGCAAUCACCCCCGGUGUGAAACAACCAGACGGACUGGAACUUGAUUCGUUUAGACGCUUCGAUCCCAAGGUAGCUUUCGUUCAGGCACUUGUUUUAAGUGUUACAUUGUCCAGCAUGCUUCAUUUUCAUCAGCACCUUAUGUCGCCCUGUCGACUAAAACAAAGCAAUACAUUGGUUUCAAAUUCACAUGUACACAGGCGUAAAAUAGACAGGGGCAACUACUACCAACCCCAGCCUGUUAGAGCUCACGACAAACUGAAUCUGUCAAUACCUAAGGACUCCGUCUUCUAUUGCCUCGACGAGAACGCACUCAUAUCGUUCACAGACUUCGUUUUCCUUCUAACCGUCAUAUCAACUCCGCCACGGCAAUUUGAAAUUGCUUUCCGCAUGUUCGAUAUCAACGGGGAUGGAGAAUUAGAUGCCAACGAGUUCAAUGUCGUUCGCACUGUCAUCCUGGACACUACUGCCGUGGGCAAACGUCAUCGCGACCACUUAACCACCGGAAGCACACUGAAACCGGUGAUUCGCAGUGCUCUGCACAAAUACUUCUUCGGAGCGGAUGGCAACGAGAAGCUGACUAUCGCCAAAUUUAUUGACUUCCAGGCCCGUUUGCAGGCGGAAAUCACACGUUUGGAGUUUGAACGUCUCGGGCCUCAAGAUGGACUAAUCUCGGAACGUGCCUUUGCCAAAUCCCUGCUGACCUAUGCUGGCUUUUCGGAAAACAGAAGAAGGAUUAUGCUUCGCCGAGUAAAACAAAAGUUUGACACAAGUGAAGAUGAUGACGAUGAGGAGGCGGAGGAGAAACAGGACAGCAAAGAAGAACCUAGGGGCAUCAGUUUCCAGGACUUCCUUGACUUUAGUCGGCUCCUUCGCUCUAUUUCGGACCUGGAUACCGCACUGACUUUCCAUACUCUGGCCGGCGCUGCGAUCGAUCCGGACACCUUUCUGCAUAUGGCCAAGGUCGUCGCGAAUGUACACCUCAGGCCGCACGUCGUUGAUGUUGUGUUUACCCUGUUCGAUGAAAACGAUGACGGCCAACUUAGUUACAAGGAGUUCGUACAAGUGAUGAAGAACCGACUGCUCAGGGGUCUAGACAAACCGAUGGACACAGGAUUUGUGCGCCUUCUUAGUGCACUGAUAUACUGCACAAAGCAGGAAAUAAAGCACAAACUGGAAACGUAG